AUGCAUUGCCACGCCGAGCUGAGGCUGAGCUCGCCCGGCCAGCUCAAAGCAGCCAGGAGGCGCUACAAGACUUUCAUGAUCGACGAGAUCCUCUCCAAGGAGACCUGCGAUUACUUUGAGAAACUUUCCCUCUAUUCUGUGUGCCCUUCACUCAUCGUCCGACCCAAACCUCUGCAUUCCUGUACUGGCUCCCCUUCUCUUCGGGCAUACCCCCUUCUUUCUGUGAUCACUCGACAGCCUCCUGUUAUCUCCCACCUGGUCCCUGCCACCUCUCGAAUUGCCCAGGCAUUAUCAUGUCGCCCAGUUACAGAGGCUACCUCUGAUGCCCCAGCCAGUGAGGCCCCAGCCAGCAGUGAAUCUGAGACCGAACAGCCAACUCCCAGGUUGAAAAAGCCCCGUCGGAGCCGAACCAUCUUCACAGAGCUGCAGCUCAUGGGAUUGGAGAAAAAAUUUCAGAAGCAGAAAUACCUAUCCACACCAGACAGGUUGGACCUUGCUCAGUCUCUGGGACUCACUCAACUCCAAGUAAAGACUUGGUAUCAAAAUCGCAGGAUGAAAUGGAAGAAAAUGGUUCUUAAAGGUGGGCAGGAAGCUCCUACUAAACCCAAAGGGCGUCCCAAGAAGAACUCCAUCCCCACCUCAGAAGAGAUUGAGGCUGAAGAGAAAAUGAAUAGUCAAGCUCAGAAGCAGGAUGUCCUGGAGCCCACUGAAGAACAUGAGAAGCUGGGACCUCCAGAGGAACCGAAGGCAUCUGAUCUCCCCAUAGAGGCCCUUGAGUCCCCCAGUAGUCAGUCCCAAGAGCUGCCACUACCCUCUUCUGAAACCACAUCAUCAAGCUAA